CUGUAGAAAAUGAAACUGUAAUUUGUGAGCUGUUUUCAAAGACUUGAAUCUUCAGUAGGAGACUUUCUGAGACAGAAAGUAUGGAGAGAUGGAUGAACACACUAUUGGUUUUGGUCUUUUAAUGGGAUUUGUUGACAGUAAAGAGAACAUAAAACAGUGCCAGCCUUUUAAAGAACACACUAACCAACAGUGACUGAUCUCAGCCAUCAGCUCAGGAUCAGAUAUUAUUAGUGAUCUAUGAUAAUAAUUGACAGUAAAUACAUUCUAUUAAGUUCAUUUCAAUAUAUAUUCAUUUAUAAAUUCAGGUUUGUCUGCUUGUUGAACAUUUGUUGACACUUUGCUUAUGCUUUGUGAGGCAGUCAAGACUAAAAUACUGUAUCUACUGUUAGUAGCAAUGACUAUAUAUGAUUUUAAUCAUGUACACUGUCUGUAUUCUAUAAUGUACAGUAUUGGAUGGACAGCAGUGUCUGUGUCAUAGAGACUGACAUUCUAGAACUGUCAUGUCAUGAUGCAACAAAGGACAUUCUGAUUCAGCUCAGCAGAUUUUGACUUAAGAUCCUGAAACAGUACAGAGCAGCUGGUUAACAUUUUACUCACGUUGUAUCUACGGAAAGAUCUACAACCAUGUUUAAAAUGCCUCGCUGUCUACGAAAGAAAAAUCAAGUGUCAGUUGUGGAAGAUGAGAGCCAGCUGUGCUCCAUCUCUAGUGCGAGCAGUCAGAAGUCCUCUGUGGAGAAGCCACCAGGAAGGACUCCUUGGCUGCACAGACUGUUCGGUCGACCUGUGUUUUUGUUGUCACGUCAGAAGAGCGAAAGGGAAAGAGAGGAAAGGGGACAGCGCUCCGGCCACCAACAGAGAGUCACCUCCUCAGACGCUCCAGCCAACCAACAACCAGAGAAGAAGACUCGCUGGAGGUGCCGAGUCUUCGACUGCUGCAGAAGAAAUCGACGAGUCGCUCCGGCUGCCGACGACCAGGGAGACGACGGAGAGCAGAGAAUCCCUCAGAAACCUCAGAGGAGCCCUGUCAAAGCUACAGAUGGGACUCUCACUGCUGAUGAGGUUGAUGAGGUGGUGGAGUUUGAUGCUCUCACUGAGGAAGAGGAGGAAGCUGUGACGAAGACAGAGAAGAAAGCAGCCAACAGAAAACAUGAGCUGCACAGACUCACAUCUUUCCUCCUCUCUGGGUAUCGGACACUGGCCAACCAGGACUCGUCCUCCAACAGUGCCAAAACACAUCACGUCCGUCAUGGUGAUGUCAUGACCUCCCAGAGCCUCAGAAGUCAGCAGGUCGACUGGUUUGGCUUUCCCAAUCCAGCUCAGAUCUGCUAUAUGAACUCCAGCCUUCAGAGCCUGUUCACUAUGAAGGACUUCAUCACAGACAUCAUGUGCCAGGUGGAGGUGUGGGGUUCAGUGCCUCAGGCUGAACUGAUCAGAAGACUCAUGAACAUCACGUUGCUUCACCGCUCCAUCGACGUCCGUGACAAACUCCAGGCCCUCUUUAUGUUCAAGAGCACCCUCUCUGUCCAGGCUCAGGAGUUCCAGGAUUUCAACCAGAAAGAUGCUCAUGAGUUGCUGACAACUCUCCUGGAUCAGAUGAGGAGUUUGUCGCCAGCGCUGCAGGAAGCAGCUGCCCGCGUGGGAAGAAGCUACAGGUGCCCCGUUGAAGACCACUUUGAGUUCCAGAUGAAGAACACAAGGAUCUGCAAGAGGUGUGGAGCCCGGACUACCAGAGAAGAGGACUUCAACAACCUGUCUCUGGACCUGGUGCCUGGAGCUUCAGUCCAGCAGAUGCUCCAGGAUUACCUGAAGGAGACAGACUUGGACUUCAGGUGUGACUGCGGUGCCAACACAUCUGGCCAGCAGUCCACCUUUGUGAACCUUCCCAAGGUGCUGAUGCUUCAUCUGAAACGUUUCCGCUUCACUCCGUUCCUGCAGCUGGAGAAGCUUCGAUACCCAGUGGAGCUGUUCAGAGAGCUGCUGGUGACCUCCAGCCAGGCUGAUGGUUGGUACAGUCUGGUGAGCGUCAUCAGCCAUUUAGGCUCUGGAGGGGAACAAGGACACUACAUAAGUGACGGAGUGCACCCAGAUGUGGAGCUGGAUGACCUCGCUGACCGCUGGCUCAUUUAUAACGAUUCAGAGGUCACAGAGACAAAGGGGGCCUCUGUCUGUGAGCGGCGGCAGCGAGAUGCCUACAUCCUUUUCUACCAAAGACGGAUGUAGAGCAGUGUGGAGAUGGGGGACUGUGUGGCACUCUCCUGAAGAUGAUGCAGUGGAGGUGAGCGACCACGGGAACUGGACAUCACAGGUAAGUGUGUUCCUCUCUUUUGUCUUUCUGCAGGUGGUGAAGGAGAAGAUGGAGAUUCAGGUUGGACCAGCAGCUCGUAUCGUGGUCUGAAGCAGCAGGAGGACCCCCAGCCCUCAGGAGGAGGGGCUUCUUCCAGAGAGCCUGGUUCCUCCCGAGGUUUCUCCACGUUAGAGGGAGUUUUUCCUCGCCACUGUCGCCACACAACUCGUCUCCUACAUACAUCAUUCUAAUGCGGCUCUGGAUUGGACUGUUACUGUCAGACAUGGAGAUGAGUUGCUCUGAAUCAACGUGGCUUGCUCUCUGGGAACGACCAGCUGUAAAUAAAAAGAAAUAAAUAAAUAACUUGAGAAUUAA